ACUUUCGACGUGAUUCACUAGGUCAGUUGGAGUGAGUGAUAUCUCUCAUCCAGAAACUUGAUUUUGCUCAAGUAAACAUGUUAUAAAGUAGACUUACCGUCAAUGUCUGCUUGAUGGUUUUCUGGAUCAGUUCGAAAUUUCAAUGAGUAGCAACGAGUGGCGAUAGAAUGCAAGCUCCAGUUGAUGGGUUUUAGUGUAAUUCUCUAUCAAAAAGAAGCAUGAAGAGGGUGGGAGCGUUGCUUGUGGUGAUCUUGAUCUUGCCCAAAUCAUUCGACGGAAAGAAACUUGGCCUGAAAGAAGCUGGCAACGGCAAAAGCAACUUCCAAUUGGAUUCCCCUGUGGAUAAAAAUGGUGACUCACCCAAACUGUUUCGAAAGGUCGCCACCCUUCAAGGUGGCUUAAAGAAGUUGCUCCUAGACAACCCAAAGUCAAAAAGAAGCAUUGGUUCAGAAAAUGUCGAUAAAGAAAUUGCCAUGUCAGAGUUGAAGGCUAUUCUGAUCAGUCUCUUGGAGGAUGAAAAGCUGCAUGAAGAGUCCAUGAAGACAAAUCGAACUGCUCGUCAAAUGUGCAAUUGCCCCGCUGGGCCACAAGGUUUCAAUGGUCAAUUGGGCCCCCCUGGUGUCCCUGGCCCGAGAGGCUCAACUGGAACACCCGGUACAGAUGGGACUCCCGGGGAGCCAGGUAAUCCUGGAGCAGAAGGCUUGGAAGGAUCGUCUGGAGUAAAAGGGCCCCCAGGACCCGAAGGACCCACUGGCAUGCCGGGACUCACAGGUGCUAGUGCAGAAAGUGGUAAACCUGGAACCAACGGAAAAGCGGGUCUACCAGGCGAUCCUGGUGAUCCAGGGCCCCCUGGUCCUGCUGGACCCCCCGGAGCACCGGGUCCUUUGGGGGCUGGAGGUGACCCAGGCGAUCCGGGGAGUGAAGGAGAAAUGGGGCGAGAUGGUGCGAUGGGUACCUUUGGUCCACCUGGAAAAGCAGGCAUCAAUGGAGCUCCAGGGGCUUUUGGUCCUGUGGGGAUGAUGGACCCCCAGGAGCAGUAUUGGCCAAGUUGGGUUGUCGGGAGCGCCGGGUCUUUCUGGAACCCCAGGAACAAAGGGAGAAAUGGAGAGAUGGGUCCUGAUGGCGGGGAUGGAGUUGCUGGUAAAGAUGGAUCGCCUGGUACUGAUGGAGGACCUGGACCCCAGGGUGGAUUGGGCCGAGAGGCACAAAAGGAGAAACUGGGGCAAGAAGGACCAACUGGACCACCUGGUCUUCAGGGUCCUAGAGGACCUAAUGGAGUUCCAGGAGUUCCAGGCUCACCUGGAAGGCCAGCGCACUCCGGACUCCCAGCAGCGAACGAAACCCUGGAAAUCCUGGAGAUGAAUGGAAUUAAAGGUCUUAAAGGGGUUGCUGGUAAAGAUGGAACAGAUGGUUCUAUGGGAACUCUUGGUGCCCCGGACCUCAAGGUCCUCGUGGACCUUUUGGCCCUCGCGGCGAUCAAGGCGAUAAAGGAGACGCUGGUCCUAAAGGUCCUGAUGGCCCACCUGGACAAGACGCGAUAUUGGAUAUUUAACCUGAUCUACUUCAGUUCGGCAGCGACUAUAAGCAGAGAAGGCCAACAACCUGCAGGUAAGACAAGAGCCCUUCUCAUAUUGAAUUUUAGAUCAUUAUGUUUUGAUCUUGUUUUUGUUAGGAUGAGAUCAUUGUGUGGAUGGUUGGUGUUGGUCCAGAUAAUACCCUGUUUAUGGGGCAAAGGAUUGGACUUGGAGAGUUUGAAGAUAUAUAUGCGUCAAAUUGAUGCUGGGAAUUCCGCACUUUCAGAAGAAAACCUGGCUGUUGCCAAAGAGAGCCUGGGUAACAUUUUGAACGAAAACUCAAAAACAAAGUGCGCAAGAAGCAACAAGGAAGAACAGAAAGUGUCGGCUGAGCUGAGAAAAGUAAUUGAAGUCUUGAUUGAAUACGGGAAAAUCGAAAAUCAAGCCACAGGUACGAAUCGCACAGCCCGCCAUCAUUGUCAAUGUAAUACUGGCCCCAUGGGCCCUCCCGGCGUAAAAGGUGGAAAAGGAUUGAUGGGUCUAAAGGGUCCCACAGGAUUGGCAGGAAUCCCUGGAAAUGAUGGAGCCCCGGGAAAACCGGGAACGCCCGGAAUAAAUGGUAUACCUGGGACCGCUGGAUCUCCAGGCGACCCAGGGCCCAAGGGACCAGCCGGUGUCAUGGGUAAAAACGGAUUACCAGGCGUACCCGGGAGCAAUGGAGCCCCAGGUGUUGUAGGCCCUACUGGGCCCCGAGGCCCAGCAGGCCCCAAGGGUCCGGCAGGAAUGAUGGGUUCCAUGGGAAACCCUGGACAAAUGGGAGCUUUUGGACUGCCCGGUGAUCCUGGAGCCCUAGGUGCUGUGGGAGAAAUGGGUGGUGACGGUUUAGCUGGACCUGAUGGACAAAUAGGUGCAAUUGGAGGUAGUGGACCCGUUGGAGUUCCCGGUCCGAGAGGAGCUCCAGGUCCCGAUGGACCAAAGGGGCCGCCCGGACAACCGGGUCUUUUGGGAAUUGUUGGUGAUCCAGGAGCUGUCGGCGAAAGAGGGGGUGACGGAACCGACGGAGAGGACGGAACACCGGGCAUGACUGGUGAGGAUGGCCAAAUGGGCCCGACAGGUCCACAAGGAGAUCCAGGGGAUCCAGGCGCCCUAGGAGAGCAAGGAGAGGAUGGCCCUGAUGGUGUUGAAGGUAACCCAGCUCCUCCAGGGAUUCCUGGAACACCUGGACUUAAUGGCAACCCAGGCAACAAUGGAAUUGAUGCACCUGAUGGUCCAAGAGGUUCCCCAGGUGAAAGCGGAGAUGUUGGGGAUCCUGGCUUGGAUGCAGCAGAUGGAGAGGAUGGCGAUCUGGGUGAAGCUGGGCCAAAGGGGGAGAUGGGGCCUCUAGGUCUCGAAGGCCCAGUUGGUGACCGGGGAGACAAAGGAGAACAGGGCGACCAAGGACCUAUGGGACAAGUUCUCACAUUUUGACAAUUUUCAACUUUGCUGCAUUAUUUGCAAGUUUUUUUUAUCUUUAACAUAACAAUCCAAGAGCAACAAUUAUGUCUGCAAUAAAACAGAAAAUUACU